CUGGAAGAAACACAACAAACGAGGAGCUGGAGAGCAUGUUGGAAAGUGACAAUCCAGCCAUCUUCACCUCGGGGAUAAUUAUGGACAACAUCACCCAGCAAGCAAUGAAUGAGAUCGAGACGCGGCACAAUGAGAUUAUCAAGCUGGAAAACAGUAUCAGGGAGCUUCACGACAUGUUCAUGGACAUGGCCAUGCUGGUGGAAAGCCAGGGCAACCUCGUGAACAACAUUGAGCACUGUGUUAUGGAGGCCCAGGAUUAUGUGGAGCAGGGAAAGGACAACAUCCCAAAAUGCAAAAAGUUCAAAAAGACCAACAGACGGAAGGUGAUCCUGAUAGGAGUUUGUGUUGCGAUUUGUAUCACCAUCCUCAUUAUUUCGCUCGCAGUGGGACUCAGUUAGGAGCCUAAAAAAAUCAUCACAUGGCAGACAGGACAGUCAUUAUGAGUGACAUGAAUGCCAAAAAAACACACACAACUGUUCAUGUGUUAAAUGUACUGUAUGGUGGCCUCUGCAAUGUGUGCAGUGAGCACUGCUUGUGAACUGGGAAGCAAGUCAUUGCAUUACUGGUCUGAGGUCUGUGCAGCAAGCUAUGAACACUCAAAUAUAAUCUGCAUCAACUUUUAUUCUUAAUGUGUGCUUCAGCUCCAGGAACGGUUUGUGCUUGGCCUGUUUGAGUUGCAAAGCUUUGUCAUGUGCAUGUUUCUCUCUGUUGUCCCACAAACACAAAUUGAAGAUGAUUGCAUUAUUACUAAAAUGGUCAUCAAAAUAAGCUUACUACCAAUUAGUUUUAACAAUGAUGUAUUACUAAAGGUAAAACAAAAUGGUUAAACAUUUUGGGAAAUCCACUUUUGAGUUAGGUUGGUCAAAUAUGUGCCUUAGAGUUUUUUUUUGUUUCGCAGCCAUAGUGACUUUAUGGAGGAGUGAUCAGGAAUUACAGCAAUCUCCAAAAAUGUAUUCUCCCUUCCAGGUUUUCAUCUGUAGUGUUUAUGCUUCCGUGCAAAUUCUGCUUUUGGAAAAGUCUAACAAAUAUAAAACAAUUGACUUGUGGUGAUGUGUUAACAGCUGGGUGGAUGUUUUCUUUUUUGUUUAGUUUUUUUUAAUAAUUGUGAUUUUUUUUUAAUCAUGAUUUUUAAGAUACUGCAACAAUGUAGAGAUUUUAUUUCCUUCUCACCCGAUACAUCCACGAUAUAUCGAUGAAUCUGAAAUGACCAGGUAAAUUAAAUAAGCUAUUAAUAGUUUAUGAGUGAAAUUAGGAUUUAUAACACACAAACAAAUGUAAGUUUAUAGUUGCACAUUUAAAGGUUUAGUCAGUUACUUUACAGAGCUUAAAAUGAGGUAAAAAGAACCUCAGAUGAAUAACAACACAUGACAUAUGUGUCAUUAUUUAUUUUUUAAAAAUCCAAAAUGCAGAACCAGUGUGUGAAAGACUAAGUACAUUCUUAAUACUUUCAGAGGAAUUAAAAGGGUAAGUAGCAGCCACGUGCUGCUAAUCUAAUGCAUUUGAUAGUGGAGAAGGGUUCUCGUUAAGGUCUAUGCCUCAACGAGAACCAUCCCUGUGUACUGCUCUGUCCCUCAUCCUUCUCUGUUGUUGGGAACGAGUCUUGGGUCGCCAGGUUCUCUGUUAACGCUGUGCCUUUGACGUGUCCUUUCAGAGCGUCGGGGCACUUUUCUCCCUGAAGCUCAGAGAUCAAGAUAUUUUCAUUUCUCCGAAACAGGUCUUUGAGCAGAAGGAUGACCAGUUUGAGGGCCUAGCACCGAAGGCGCUAACCCUAACCCCCCUAACCCUAUAGCAUAUCAAACACCUCAUGAUGAUUUGGGUUGUGCAACCACAGAAGCUGGGCACCUUACAGUCACUGACAAUGAUCCCAAGCAUGGCAGCAAAACGACAACAGAAUGGCUGAAAAAGAAAAGAAUCAAGGUGUUUCAAUGGCCAAGUUAAAGUCCAGACUUCAACUAGAUUGAAAUGCUCUGGUGGAAUAGCUGUGCUUCAUUAAAUGCGCAUAAAUCUCAACAAGCUGAAGCAAUGUUAAGAAGAGUAAGCCAAAAAAAAAAAACAUUAAUAUAAAAUGCUGAGAAAUAUGUACAGAAAAUGAUUAUUUCAAGUUAUUGCUGUUGGAGUUGGUUCUACGAACUACUGAAUCAUGUUGUUUACUUAGCUUUUCACACACUGCUUCUGCACUUUGCCUUUUUUAAACAAAUAAUGUCACAUGUUUUGGUUUAUUGAGUAAAUUAAAAUUGAAUGAACUAAUUUAAGUCUUUCUUUGUGGAAUUAGCAUGUUCUCCCCAUGUUUGUCUUUCCGGGUACUCCAGCUUCCUCUCACAGUCCAAAGACAUGCAGUUAGUGGGGAUAGGCUAAUUGCCCAUAGGUGGGAGUGCGAGUGUGAAUGGUUGCCCUAUAUCUGUGUGUUAGACCUGCAACAGACUGGCAACCUGUCCAGGUUGUAUCCUGCCGCUCGCCCUCAGGAAGCUGGGAUAUGCUUCAGCGCCCCCGCAACCCUGAGAAGGAUAAGCAGUAGAGAAUGGAUGGAUAAUUUUAGUUUAGCUGUAAUAACCAGAUGAUUUUGUUUAUGUCCUGAUAUGUAAAACUUUAGAACUGCAUGAGGGUGUCUCAUAGAGAGAGAUGAUGUGUUUAAUUGAACUUUUAUUUUCUCCUUAUUAUACUGAUGUGAUGAGAUGUAUGUGACUCAUAACUAAGGGCAUAUUUCCUUAAACGGUUUCUUUAAGAGUUGUUGGAAACUGUGCAAGUCCACAGGAUUUAUUUGCUGCACGCUGAACUUCUUCAUUAGAGGGACCUUUGCUAAACACGUUUUAAAAGUGAAGUUUGUGUUUGGUGGAUUUUUACUUUUUGAUAAAUUUGCAGUCUUGCUUGCAUAUUCUUGGAUAACCACUAGAUGGAGCCAAAUCGAUGCUUUUUAUGUUGUGCAUGUGAUGGCUUUAACCACAGAGAUGAUUUCUGUUUGUGGCAUGUGUAUAUGACAGAUGGUAUGAGCAAAAUGCAGGAUUUAAAGAUUUCUUUUAAAAGAAGAUGUAGAAAUAAUGUAACAUUUUGGUCACACUCCAGCAUUAUUAGAAUGAAUUAAAUUGCAUUUUUUCCCCAGCUCGGUUCUUUUACUUUUGUUGUAAACUGCAUUUUGUUCAAAUUAUUAUUAACUCUGUUCAAGUAAAGCACAAACAGUAUAACUAACAUGUUUUCUCUGCUCCCCAUUUGCUGCUUUGGAUGUUUUUUUUUUCUUUUAUUUGUUAAUACC